GUGGUGAGCGGUUGGUCGUGCUUGGGCGACAUGGCUUUGCUCCGGGAGGACGCGCAGAGCAAGCCCUUGUGCUGCUUGCUCCCUGUGCCCAAGGUCCUCUGAGGGCAGGUGAUCAGUGUACAGCUGCCCAGGCUGAGGUCUGUAUCUGUAGACCUGAAUGUUGAUCCUUCUCUCCAAAUUGAUAUACCUGAUGCCCUAAGUGAAAAGGACAGAGUGAAGUUCACUGUGCAUACUAAGGGCUUCUAUAUCUUCUCUUCCAGACUACACUGCCAGCUUUUCAAAGCCCUGAGUUUUCAGUUACAAGGCAGCAUGAAGACUUUGUGUGGCUGCAUGAUACGCUCACUGAAACUGAAGAGUAUGCAGGACUCAUUAUACCUCCAGCACCUUCAAAACCUGACUUUGAUGGUCCCAGAGAGAAGAUGCAGAAGCUAGGGGAAGGAGAAGUAUCUAUGACAAAAGAAGAGUUUGCAAAAAUGAAGCAAGAGUUGGAAGCUGAAUACCUCGCUGUCUUCAAGAAGACUGUAUCAUCACAUGAAAUCUUCCUUCAGCGGAUUUCUUCUCAUCCUGUGCUCAGCAAAGAUCGUAAUUUUCAUGUUUUCCUAGAGUAUGACCAGGAUCUGAGUGUUCGGAGGAAAAACACAAAAGAGAUGUUUGGUGGCUUUUUAAAAAGUGUGGUAAAGAGUGCUGAUGAAGUCCUCUUCUCUGGGGUCAAGGAAGUAGAAGACUUUUUUGAGCAAGAGAAGACUUUUCUUGUAAACUACUACAACCGAAUCAAGGAUGCAUGUGCAAAAGCAGAUAAGAUGACAAGAUCUCAUAAAAAUGUUGCAGAUGACUAUAUUUAUACUUCGGCUUGCUUGAACGGUCUGGCAUUAGAAGAACCUACAGUUAUCAAAAAGUACUUGUUGAAAGUUGCUGAGCUCUUUGAGAAACUCAGGAAGGUAGAGAGUAGAGUUUCGUCUGAUGAAGACUUAAAGCUCUCUGAACUGUUGAGAUACUACAUGCUCAAUAUAGAAGCUGCUAAGGAUCUUCUGUACAGACGUACAAGGGCUCUUGUCGACUAUGAAAACUCUAACAAAGCUCUAGAUAAAGCCAGACUAAAGAGCAAGGAUGUCAGGCUGGCUGAGGCACAUCAACAGGAUUGUUGUCAGAAGUUUGAAAAAAUUUCAGAAUCUGCAAAACAAGAACUGAUGAGCUUCAAACAGAAGAGGAUAGCAGCAUUCCGCAAAAACCUAAUUGAAAUGGCAGAACUGGAAAUAAAACAUGCAAAGUUUGGUUGCUCUGCACCCAUCCUUGAAAAGUGGUGGGAACUGGGGAGGCAUGAAUCUCUUGGCUGCUUGCAUCUCACGUCAAUGCUUCAAUAUUCAUGGAAGACCUUGUUUUACUCCUCAGAGGGAAAGUGCUGGGAAAGCACCUUCCCUCACGCACCACAAUUAGUGUCUCUGCAUGUCUUCAGAGGAGAGAGCUGGGAUUUCCUGAGGAGCACAAGACACCAAGGUCAGUGCAGAAGGAGGGGGAGGAGGAGCUCCAGGUGCUGGAGCAGAGAUUCCUCUGCAGCCCGUGGAGAAGACCAUGGUGAGGCAGGCUGUCCCUCUGCAACCCAUGGAGGAUGAUGGUGGAGCAGAUAUCCACCUGCAGCCCAUGGAGGACCCCAUGCUGGAGCAAGUGGAUGCCCCUGCAGGAGGUUAUGACCCCGUGGGAAGCCCAUGCUGGAGCAAGUUCCUGGCAGGACCUGUGGCUCCAUGGAGAGAGGAGCCCAUGCUGGAGCAGGUUUGCUGGCAGGACUUGUGACCCCGUGGAGGACCCACGCUGGAGCAGUCUGUUCCUGAUGGUCUGCACUCUGUGGAAGGGACCCACUCUGGAGCAGUUCGUGAAGAACUGCAGCCCAUGGGAAAGACUCCUGUGGGAGAAGUUGGUGGAGGACUGUCUGCCUGGGAGGGAUCCCACACUAGAGCAGGGGCAGAGUGUGAGGAGUCCUCCCCCUGAGGAGGAAGGAGCAGCAGAGAAAAUGUGUGAUGAACUGACCGCAUCCCCCUGUGCUGCUGGGGGUGAGGGGGUAGAGAAAUUGGGAGUAAAGUUGAGCCCAAGAAGAAG